GUGAUAUACGUAAAAAAGCUCAAGAAUCUGUUAAAUUAAAAUCUGAGUUAAAAGAAAGUAUUAGAGACAUUCAAGAAAUAUUAAAUAACAGAACUGAAUGGCUCAAAUUGAAAGAUAGCAAAACUAUAACGACUGAAGAACAUAGACCAAUAUACAUACAAUUGCAGGCAAAAUCUGAAUCAAUUCCAAAAUCUAUUCUAAUUGCGGAAAAAAUUUGUGAUUAUAUUGAUUGUGAAGAUUGCUGGAAGCGUCACUGUGUGUAUAGUAACAAGUCUUUAACCGAUGAUGAGUUAUAUGACUUUCAACAAAUAUUAGAGUUGUAUUCAUAUUCAUGUGGUGUGCUGAUUUUUUCUAAUGAUCAUUAUUUGAAGGAA